AUGUUUGGUUUCUUUUCUAGUCCGGCAACAGCGCCCCAGCACGUGCCGACUGACCUCGUUGUCCCCGUCGGCUUCUUUGACGACACGAUUAUAUUUAGAACGUUUGUGUUAUAUACCCUGUUUGUUUUCGACGACGUACUGGAUCCUGAGAGAUUGCGCACUUCGCUGGAACGUGUCGUGAGUCGCCCUGGCUGGAACAAACUGGGCGCUCGGCUGAGAAGAAAUGAUCGUGGCGAACUUGAGCACCAUGUACCAGCCGUCUUCUCCCCAGAUCGCCCGGCAGUGGGUUUCGAUCAUGUGGAUUAUAGCGCCUUGGCUGAGGAAGACCAUCCCGCGGCAUCUUGCAUACCCCGUCCUCCCUGCAAUGGCCGGCCGGCGGUUGUGGGAGAUCCCGAUGACCUCUCGGAGCUGAUAUAUGGCCACGAGGUACCUAAAACGCUCGAUGAUUAUAUAUAUACCGACCGUCCUCAGCUUGGUCUGCGUGUUGUCUCGUUCAAGAAUUCGACAAUUGUCGUCCUCCAUUGGAUACACCUCGCCUUUGACGCGACAGCAAAAAAGUCUCUUCUCGAUGCCUGGAUGCUGAUGCUUCAGGGCAGAGAAAAUGAGAUUCCCGAGCCACUGGCCCCCCAAGAGUAUAUUUUAGAGCGCUGUGGCAAGAAUCCCACAGAGCCCCAUGCCCUCGCCGAGCACCAUGUGUCCAAGCUUGGCCUUGUCUGGUGGGCACUUCAGAAUUCCUACAACUUGAUAGUCAGGAAGAAAGAGCAUCGUAUGGUCUGCGUGCCUGCUGCAUACCUCGUAAAGUUGAGAGAGAAGGCUCUCGCGGAACUUGCUGCUCAGGCUACUUGCGAGAAAUCAGAGGUUCCAUUCCUAAGCGAAGGAGAUAUCCUCUUGGCUUGGGUAUCUCGCUUGGCAAUGGCUAAUCUUUCAGAGGAUUUGGAGAAAACCGUUGCUAUACAACAAGCCUUUCAGUGGCGACCGAUGUUGGCGGACCUAAUACCAGAUAAACGACUAUUCCUCAGCAACUGCGUUGGCUUUCUUAGCACUCUAAUGCCGGCUAAAGACCUUCUUCAAAAGCCACUCAGCUAUACAGCAUCCCAGAUCCGUCGCUCGAUUAAGGAGCAAAGCUCUCGCGAACAAAUUGAGGCCUACACAUCACUGAUUCGACUAGACCCAGCCAACAGGGCGCCUCCAUUCUUCGGUAACAGCUCGAUGCAGUUGCUCAUGUUUUCCAACUGGCAAAAAGCCAACAUGUACGGGACCGAUCUAUCGGCUGCGACUGUGACGCCACGGCGCACACCACUGACACCAUCCUAUGUCCAGAGCGUACAGGGUCCGUACAACUUCUCUGAUGGAAUAAUCAUCGUGGGGAAAGAUGCUGGGGGUAACUAUUGGCUCUCUGGAUAUAGAGCAAAGGGUCUCUGGGGGAUGAUGGAAAAGAAGAUGGAGGAGGAGGUGAUCUAA